CUCGCUUUCAGCACCUAGAAAGAAGAUUCCAUGUUUCCAUUACUAGAAUAUACGGAUUGCGGAGAACCUAUGCAUAACCUUUUCUGAUUUUAGUACACUGCACACUUGUACUAGUAUCAGAAGAAGAUUGUGUUUAGUAAUGGAGUCGAUAACGGCCGGCUGCUGCCCUGCUUUCUCAUUUCUGUCAUCGUCGGUGCCUAAGCGUAUCAGGAGAAGCAACAGCUACAUCAGUAACUGUUGUAAUUAUUAUGAUUACGGGUACAAGAGUGAGAAGAAGAACAAGAACGACAUCAAUGGGGCGAAUUUUUUGAAUUCAUCUCAACAUUUGUAUUAUUCGCAUUCGCAAAACUUAAAGACUAUAAUCCUUCAUAACAAUAAAGCUCUGGGUCAAGUGGAAGUUGAGCAACUGGAAGGUUCAAAAGCUGAUUUUGGGUAUGAAAAUCUUGAUUGGCCUUCUCCCAAUGACGAAAUUCCAUUCUGGAAGAGGGAAUUCCCGUUGUGGGACCUUGCUUCAAGAGCUUCAGCUGGUGUGGAAAAGGAUUCUGACCUUAUGCACAUUAUUCAUGUGACAGCUGAAAUGGCACCCAUAGCAAAAGUUGGGGGUCUAGGUGACGUCGUGACUGGACUUGCCCGUGCUUGUCUAUUGCGUGGACAUAAUGUUUUGGUUAUGCUUCCUUUCUAUGAGUGUAUACCAAAGGACUAUAUCAAUGGUUUGGCUUUGAUUAAUACAUUUAGUUCUUAUCACGAUGGAAACUGGGUCCCUACUAAUGCUUAUCAAGGAGAAGUUUCAGACAUUCCUGUGAUAUUCAUCGAACCAACUAACCACUUUUUCAAGGGACAGAACAUAUAUGGAGGAUCAUACAAUGAGCUGGAGGCAUACUUGUUUUUCAGCCGUGCGUGCCUUGAGUGGAUGCAGGUAACUGGAAGACAACCUGAUAUUAUUCAUGUUCAUGAAUGGCAAACUGGUGCUUUACCUCUCCUUUACUGGGAUAUGUACCAGUAUCUCUCAAUGCAGAAACCAAGAGUUAUACUUACAAUCCACAACAUGGAGCAUUAUGGAGAGUGCAGCAAAGAGCAACUUAGCAAGUGUGGCCUUGAUGGAUCUGUGUAUGCAACUGAAGACAAGGCAAUUGAUGAACGCACAAUCGGACACAAUCCAGAGAGGUUAAGUCUGCUUAAAGGUGGAAUAGUCUUCAGCAAUGCAGUAGUUACAGUCUCUCCAACAUAUCUCAAAGAAACACUUUGUUCUGGAUGGCUUGCCAGCACUAUGAUAAGAAACCGUGAUAAGUAUUCUGGUAUUUUAAAUGGAAUAGAUACUGCAAUGUGGAACCCUGCAACUGAUAUUUAUCUGCCUGCUAAAUUUGAUGCUCAUAACAUCAUGGGGAAGAAGAUAUGCAAACUCUUUGUGCAAAGGGGGCUUGGUUUGACUGUGAAUGACUUGAGCUUGCAUACGUAUUCUUCUCAUCAAGUGCCUUUGGUUAUAUGCAUUACUAGACUGGUUCGUCAAAAGGGUCUUCAUUUGAUAAUUCAGGCAAUAAAGCGGGUGGAGGAGUUAGGUGGGCAGAUGGUUGUAUUGGGGAAAGCUUCAGAAGGUCAAGUUGAAAGAGAAUUUCAAGAUCUUGCUAAAUUGCAUGGCAUUGGUUCCAGCAUCCGUAUCCUUUUGAUGUAUAGUGAGGAACUGUCUCAUAUGCUUUAUGCUGCUGCAGACAUGGUCCUGGUUCCUUCAAUAUAUGAACCAUGUGGACUUGCUCAAAUGAUUGGAAUGCGUUAUGGAGCGAUUCCCAUAGUUAGGAAGACGGGUGGCCUUGCAGACACAGUUUUUGACAUGGACAAUGAGUCAAACUCAGAUAUUGCAAAUGGGUUUGUCUUUGAAGGAAUUGAUGAAGCAUCCUUAAACUGGGCUUUAGAGCGUGCAUUUUUACACUAUAGAGAAAAGCCAAGUGAAUGGGACGCUACCGUGCAGAAGGUUAUGCAAAUUGACAACAGCUGGAAUAAUACAGCAGGGAAGUACAUUGAUGUCUACAACUCCAUAAGAGUUAGAGGGUAAUUGUUACCAGAGAGAGCUGCAUUGCAUUCGAUCGAAAACAGUAUUGAGGCUCUGCUCAUCUACCAGGCAGGAAAUAAUGAAAUUUCAACCCCCUCUGCCUCCUUUCCUUUUUGUUUAUAUUACAGUUUGUAUAUGAAAAUACUUGGUUCCAAGGCUUUGGUAUGGUUUGUGUUUAGAUGGGUGUUAGUACAUUGUUGGCUCUUUACCAAUGUCACAAAACUGGUUUUGUUCUGAGUUGGAAAAAUAUGAAUUUUGAAACCAAGUUAUAUA